AUGGCGCCUGGGCCCCGCCGCUGCUGGCUGGCGUGUGCGUUUGCGGCCGCUCUGCUCUGCGCGCCGGCCGCCGCGUCGAGCCUGCCCGGGCUGCGCGCGGCGGAGCGAGCGCGGCAAGCGAGCCUGCGCGUGGCGGAGCUGCUUCGUACGCUGCACCCUGCCGCCUGGCUGGUGGUGGGGACCGCGCUCGUGCAGCACCGCCGCAGCCGCGCGGCGAAGCGGGGCGACCUGCGCGAGAUCCGUAGCCAGGUGUUUACGGACGACUUCCACAUCGCCAUCGUGACGACGGCGGCGCUUCCCUGGAUGACGGGCACCGCCAUCAACCCGCUCCUCCGCGCCGCCUACCUCUCCAAGGCUGGCCGGAGCGUGACGCUGGCCGUGCCCUGGCUGCACCCGCGAGAGCAAGCACUCGUCUUCCCCGGGAAGCUGCGCUUCGCCGACCCGCAGGCUCAAGAGCGGCACAUACGACUCUGGCUCGCGGAGCGGGGAGGCGUGCGCGCGGACUUUCGGCUGCGCUUUUACCCGGCGAGCAGCCCGCCCACACAGACGAGGCCGAGGACUAGCCGAGCGGCGCUGUUCCUCGAGUCGUUCUCUCCCGCUCCCUUCACCGUGGCCACCUCCCUUAUCCUCCCGCUCGGCGACGCGUCGGGCCGCCUCAACGCGCUGCCGGCGCGCGACGUGACGGGCUGCUUCGAGGCGGGAGAGUGCGACGUCUGUGUCCUCGAGGAGCCCGAGCACCUCAACUGGUACCACUCGGGCGCCAACUGGCGGCACCGCUUCAAGCUGGUGAUUGGAGUGGUGCACACAAACUACCUCUACUACGCGAGGAUGUACGCCGGCGCAGCCACCGCCGCCGUGCUCAAGCGGCUCAACGAGUGGAUGUGCGGAGCGUACUGCGACCGGGUCAUCAAGCUGUCUGGCACGAUCCAGCCCCUUCCGCGCGCGGUGGUUUGCAACGUGCAUGGCGUGCGGUCCGAGUUCCUCGAGAUUGGACGCCGCGCUGCGAGGUCGCACUUCCCGCCGCGCCGCGCCGGCGCCUACUUCCUGGGAAAGGUGCUGUGGGCAAAGGGGCACCGGCUGCUGAUCGACUACCUCGCGCUGCAGCAGUCUCUCGGCCAGCCGCCGACGCACGUCGACGUGUACGGGGGCGGCGAGGAUUUGGCCGAGGUGGAGGUGGAGGCGGCGGCGCGGGAGCUGAGGCUCUCCUUCUUCCCGCCCACCGACCACUCUGGCGCCACGCUGCGGCGGUACAAGGUCUUUAUCAACCCGUCCCAGUCGGAGGUGCUCUCGACCACCACGGCGGAGGCGCUGGCGAUGGGCAAGUUCGUGGUCGUGCAGCGCCACCCGUCCAACGAUUUCUUUAUGCAGUUCCGGAACACGCUCCCCUACGACACGCCCGAGGAGUUUCUGCUGCAGGCGGCCACGAACCUUCUAGGAGCCUUCUUGGAACCUUCUUGGAACCUUCUAGGAGAGCCCGAGCCGCUCAGCGCAGAGGAGCGGCGCGCCCUCUCGUGGGAAGGCGCGGCCAGGUCCGCGGACCUGAUUGAUCAUCGACGGGCCGGCUCAGUGCGCCCCCUCUCCUGUGAAGGCGCGACCGACCGCUUCCUCGAGGCUGUGAGCAAUUGCACGCUGUCCGACGUGCUCCCCACCCUCGGCGACCACGCGACCCGCUGGGUGCACGCCACAGUCCAAAAGGGCGGCCCGGUCGGCGACCGGCUGCGGCGCGCGUCGGGCGCGGGGCCGGUCUGGAAGCAGAGCUGGCUCGCGCAGGAGAAGUGGCGCGCCGCCCCGCCUACGGAGAUCGUCGAAGCGAGCAUCCUCGCCACCCCGCCGGGCAUGGCGCCGAUGAAGGCCCACUCGAAGCGCGAGGCGGUGCCGCGGCGGGGCGAGAUUGGCGAGGAGGAGUCGUGCUGCUCAUGUGGCUCUGUGCCAAGACGCAAGAGUUUGUGGGUGAUGAUACGGCUCUAUGUGGAGUAUCGGUCGAAACGGGGCGGCAUUACCAAAUCAUCAGAGUUCAGACAUUACUACGAGUAA